GAACUCGCACGGGCCCAAAUUCACAAUUCGGGACCUCGGGCCCUCGAAUCUUUUGCUUCUCGGGUGGUGGCGAACAAUGCAGCUUGCGUUGCGGGAGAUGCCCGCCCGUGGGGCCCGGCCCGCUUCUCGCCCGAAAGAACCGCUUACUAGCUAGCCGGACUAAUGGGGCCCUAUCUGGAUGCAUAUUGAAAGCCAUGCCUUUCGAACCGAACGCAACGCCCGUCUUCCAAAUAAAAAGAAAAAUGGGCUCGUUGGGAAGAAAGAUGGAGUGCGGCCUGUAGAGCACAUGUAACGCACAGUCGGGUUGCUCGCGCAGCGGAUCUCUCUUUUGGGUUUAGGUAGUGGAUCUUGACCCGAAAACCAUUUUUCAACCCGGCUCGCUCCGUUGCUCUUCGCUCCUCACCCUAUCUCCACUGUUUGCUACGGUUACGGUCUCGGAAUCGCCACCCUUGCUCCUCCCUGCGCUCGGAUAUCAGUUUCAGACUCGAAUUUUAGAUGCGGUUUUGUUGUAAGCAGGUAAAGGAUCAUGGUGGGAUUUAAGAACAGGUAUAUGGUAGUGGAGGUUAUCUUGGAUCCUAAUAGAGAACUGGUGAGAAAAGAUCCUGUUAUCAUUACCUCAUACAAUGUCACGAAAGCUAUCCGAGACAGCAUUCUGGUAAAUUUUGGGGAGUGCGGUCUGGCUUCGUCACUUGGAUUAUUCCAAGUCAAGUAUGCGAAUGACAUUACGAGAAUGUGUAUCAUUAGAGCUUCAAGGGAUGAAUAUCUGAAAGUGUGGGCUGCAAUUACCAUGGUCAGGAGUAUUGCAGAUUGCCCGGUUCUAUUUAAUUUGUUGGACCUAAGCGGAAGUAUCAAAGCUUGUAAAGAAACUGCAUUGAAGUGUGAUGAAUCAAAAUUUGAACAGCACAAGCUGCUUGUUGGAUCUAAUCUGUCGGCUCAAGAUACUCAAAAAAUGCAGUACUAUCUUGACAAGAUCAAAGGCCUGGAGCACCAAAGUUCUACUCCAUCUAUGGAGCACUAAAGUCCUACUCCAUCUAUGGUGACAUUCCGUGUUCAAAUGCCACUCCGAUCAAUCAGCUCUUCCGAUCCAAAAUUAAUACAGUAGAAAUUAACGUCGAGUUUAAUUCAUAUAACCAAAUGAGCACCAGAUUACAGAUAUCACAUAGCUACCAUAGUGGCAUUUUUUAACUCCUCCUAGGCUUCUUCGCCUUGUGUAAAUUUUGUCUAUGCUGGUGAAGUAAUAGAGGAUGAUAAGCUUUCGGCAGAUACAACAUCCAUUCACUCUUUGAGGGAUCAGGUUGAAGAGAGAAAUGAUUGAAUGAAUUUUUACUAUAAUUAUACUUAGUAAAUGCUAAAUCCGCUUCUAAA